UAGAUUAUAGAAUAUCUAAAUAAUAAUAAAUAUAUAGAUAAGUAUUAUAUUGUAGUCUAUCUGUCUAUGUGGCUGUGCGAAAAUUUGUCUACACUCUUAUUUCUUUACUUUGAGGAUUUCCCGUUUAGUAAUAAUUAUUAAUUAGCAAAUUUCAUUUUCGAGAUGCCUAGUUGUUUUGUUUGUGGCAGGACAAGGAAUGAGAAAUCUAAAACUAAAAAUAUAUCUUUUCACAAAUUUCCAACUAAAGAAAUAUAUAGGGGAAAAUGGUUUAAUUUUGUUGAAGAAAAUGCAUUAAGCUCGGCCAAUGCUACUACAAAUAGUUUGAUAUGUUCUGUACAUUUUGACUCAUCUUGUUUUGUGAUACAUCAUAAUAAAAAUAAGAGAAUAUUAAAAAAAACAGCAGUUCCGUCGUUAAUUGUAAGGAGAGUAAAAAAUUCCAAACAAAUUACUCCUGAAAUAGUAAAACCUUCUCGUCGAACUAUCACAUCAAAUAAUGAACCGAAUGCAAGUACUGGUAAUCUGGUUUUUGAUAGGAUCGAAGUAAAGGUUUGUGUUGACGCUAUUUCUAAUGCAAAUAAUAUUAGUAAAUGUGACGUAAAGGAUAAUAUAUCAUCAAUUUAUGUAGAUCAUGAUUCUUGUUCUGAUGACAAUCAUUCUAAUCAAGUAUCCACUGGCUCAAGUUAUGAUUCAAGCGAUAUAAGUUCUAAUAUUUUAUUAUCUUCAGACGAUGAAAAUAAUAUAUUGGAUGAUAAUCAAUUAGUUCAAGUAUGUACUAGCAGCAUACCUUGCUCUAAUAAUAGUAUAGCAAACACUUCAAAUUCAACCAGUACAAAAAAACCUUGCACAAAGUAUAUAACAACACUGAUGGCUGCUAGUGAAGUCACAACUGCUGAUUCACCGCGUAGCCGUUUUCUUAAACACGGAAUUCAACAACUCGGCAAUGAAGUUGUAAGUAAGAAUCUGAAACUUAGGACUCUCCAGCAAAUUAUUAGAAGGCAGGAAAAAAAAAUAGCUUCCGUGAAGUCAAUGAUAAUCAAGUUGCAACAGGAAAAUGUAAUUAAUGAAGACGUGGGACUAGCAUUGUUGAAAUCAUUUGGUAAGAAUUACCAAAGAAAAUACCAUGUACGGAAUGACAAGUCAAAUUGAUAGAUUAGGAGUGUUACCGAAUACCAAUGACUUUUUAUCGCACUGCAGGCUGAAAGAAAAGCAAUGGCUCAAGGAUUGUAUCCACAAAACGUUUAAAAUAUGUUCCAUAACGGAUGUUCAAAUGGUCAACAACAAACAAAUGUAUGGCUUGUAUUUGCUGCGUAAAGCCGAGCUUGAACUUGAAUGUAAAGUGGAAGAGCGACUACUUUACCACGUGACCAGCA